ACGUUAAGCAUGACCUUGAAAUUUUAAUUAAGAGAUAAGAAAUUCUAUUCUCUCUUCCGUAGGUAUGUUAGUAUUAGUUCUUGAUCAUGUUUAAUCCUUUCCAGCAAGCUUAUUUAAUAUUAAGUUUAUAUAAUUUACUGCCUAUUUUGACGAAUGCGCAGAAUGAAUUUGAAAAAUUGCAAAGCAAAGAUACGAUAGACAUAAGUAAUUCCACAGAAAUAAGCAAUAGGAAAGAAACGGAUUCAACAGAGGAACCAGAUUGCGGUACGUGUCCGGCGUAUUUUCAGAAAGUAUGCGCUCACGAUAUUUCAACAAGCUCUACAUUUAUAUUUGACAACGAAUGUGUCAUGAACCUUUAUAAUUGUAAGCAUAAAACAGAGUUCGUAAGAGUAAAUUAUGAAAGGUGCUUGUUCUUUGGUAAUUUUGCACAUCUACAAGGACUGAAUAAUGACGAUUAUGAUUAUGGAGACCAUAUCACAGUAAAAUAUGUCAAGAAAAACUCAGACUUUGUAAAAUAAUAUUAUUUAUUUUAAAGCUUUGUAACAUUAUCUGUAAGAAAAAACAUUGAAUUAGAAAUAAA